AGCACACUGGCGACAGAGGCUCGGAAAUCAGCCGAUGCUUUCACGUAGCCGGUGCAUCUGGUGUGAAAGUGUUUUGUACUGCGUAGAGGGAUUGAGGAAAGGUCCACGCGUAUGUAUGAGAACACGAGAGGAAAACCAGACUUGCGAGUGGGAAGCAGCACAAAGUAAACGAUGGAAACGGAUGUAUUGAUGCUUGUGAUAAAGGCAUGAUUGCUUGGAUGUCUUCGUCGGAUUCAAACGGGCGUGUGCGACUUAUAAAAACAUAUGCCUUGUGCAUUGUUGAUUUGUUAAUAUAGCGUGUACUCCUCGGUUGUUAAUAUACAUUGAUAAAUAAUGUGGAGUGAUGGGAAUCAGUUUAAUGUCCUCAUCGGAUGUAGCUAUGUUUCAGAAUCUUCAUAAUUUGCUAAUGUAUGAAAAAAUAAUGGGUUCCUAGCAGAGACCAAUAAGCGACCAAUCCAAGUGUCAAGUGCAAGUCUUAUAGAUGACGAAAUGGAAUACAAGAAAUUCAGAAGCCACUUUUGGAGGCCUCGACCGUUUUAACCUCUAUUUGGACUGCUUUUUCCAGGACCAGGGACAGCGGCCAUGAACAGGUUACGCAGGAAAGCGUGCGUGGCUUUGUUAUUGUUCACUCUGUUCAUUUUUGGUACUAUGAUGGGCCUAAGAACACUAAAGCCCACGGAUGGUUUCUCAGAUCUUGCACCAGGAAUGGAGCUGAUGCCUUUGGUUGGGGAGCGAAUGGAACAGAAACCCAAUCAUUUAAUAGAAUCAGCAGGCCAAAAUGGUGGUUUGCACAGUGACACCAAGAUCGUGUUCUCCAAUUCUGGUCCUGAUCACAGCAUAUUCUAUGACAUUCACAUAUUCUAUUAUUUAUGGUACGGCUCACCACAGAUGGACAGUAGUUAUAUACACUGGGACCACGUAUUGGUGCCACACUGGGACCCCAAAAUAGCUGCCAGUCACCCUAAAGGAAGACACAAUCCUCCGGAUGAUAUUGCGUCCAGUUAUUACCCUGAACUGGGACCCUACAGCUCCAGAGAUCCAGAAGUCAUUGAAUCUCACAUGGCACAAAUCGAAGCUGCAGCUGCAGGUGUUGUGGUCCUGUCCUGGUACCCACCUGGUGUGGCAGAUGAACAUGGCAAACCUUCAGAGGAUCUAGUGCCUGCUGUAAUGGAUGCUGCCCAUAGACACAGUAUCAAGGUUGCGUUUCACCUGCAGCCCUACAAAGGCCGGACAGACCUCAGUGUGCAUGACAACAUCAAAUACAUCAUUGACACAUAUGGGACACAUGGUGCUUUCUACAGGUUUAAGUCCAGCACUGGGAAGAUCCUUCCACUCUUUUAUGUGUACGACUCUUACCUUACCCCACCUGAGACCUGGGCUGAGCUGCUAACCAUUAGAGGCUCUCACAGUCUCCGAGGAACUCCCUACGAUGGCAUCUUCAUUGCCCUCAUUGUGGAAGAGCGUCACAAGCAAGACAUCCUGGCUGGCGGUUUUGAUGGCAUGUACACCUACUUUGCUUCUAAUGGCUUUUCCUUUGGAUCCUCCCACCAGAACUGGAAAGCAGUCAAGGCUUUCUGUGACAAAAACAACUUGUUGUUUGUGCCUAGCGCUGGACCUGGUUAUAUGGAUACCGCUGUCCGGCCAUGGAACAACCACAAUACACGCAACAGAGUGAAUGGACGAUAUUAUGAGACCUCUUUACAGGCAGCAAUGUCAGUAAGGCCUGAUAUCAUCACAAUAACUUCUUUUAAUGAGUGGCACGAAGGAACUCAGAUCGAGAGGGCUGUUCCUAAAAAGACUGUAGCCCGUCUGUAUCUGGACUACAAACCCCAUCAGCCAGACCACUACCUGCAACUCACCAAGAAGUGGGCGGAGCAUUUCAGUAAAGAGAAAGAGCAGUGGCUUAUGUGAUUGGACAACACACCUUCUUACCGUUAACUAUGUUUCCUUUCACAUUUUAAUCUAAAACAUUUUAAAAAAAAUAGGUGAAAAAGGUAAGAUGCGCAGAGAAAAAAAUGAUGUGGAGAUUUUUUACACACAGGAACAUGUGAGUAAAGAAUCACAGAAACCCGUUUGUCAGAUGAAUUCCUAAACGUGCAACAACAAACGCUAACUUCUUCUAAACAUAUGUUGUGAUGACUAACCGGUGAAAAAAUCCCAGUGCACAUCAUAUACAAUAUUGUCUUUCUGAAAUGCAGAUUUCGUUUUAUUGAACAAUUGAAUGGAAACUAUGCUUUGUUCACAAUGUAUUUAUUUAACAUUUCCUUUCACCUGCGUUACAUUUAAAACUUUGGGUGGAAGCAUUAAUAUUGUUCAGUUAUGCAUUUAGACUGUUUGCACAACACCUUUUUUUAAAGGCAGCUAAUUUACAAUCUUAUUUUUCUCACUUCUUACAGAGUUUUCAAUUCAACUUUACCCAAAAAUUUGAAUUCUGGGUCUCACUUUGUUGUUAUGUGGCCUUAACUAAUAUGUACUUACACUGAAAUUAAUAAUUUGCUACAAUGUACUUAUUGUAUAAAUACAUGUUCUUACAUUGUAUUUAUGAUGGAUUAAAUACCUGCAUUUAAUUAAUUUAUGUGAUUACAUUUGUAAUGUUGACCAUGUGACACCCUUAAACCUAAACCUAACCUAUCCCUAACCUCACUGUAUACCACCUCAAGAGUACCAGAAGUGUUCUUCAAUGCAUUAUGAAAACAGUAAGUACAUAGUAUUUAUAUCUUGAUGUAAGUGUAUAGUAGUUAAGGCCACCUUAUAAGGUGGGACCAAAUUGUGUUAUCAUUUGCUCAUUCACUUGACAUUACAAAACUGAUUGCAAUUUAUUUAUUUUGUGGAACGUAAAAGGAGAUUUUUAUUACUAUUAUAAUUAUUUAUUUAUUUAUUUUAAAGAAUGUUUCCCUUUUUUUACCUUUUUACACACUUAUAAACAUUCUCUUAUGUACAGAACAUACAAAAUAUUGAACAUCAUGAUCAGUCCAUGGCAAAUGAGAAUGAGAAAAUGACUUAUACCCUGCUUAAAUUGUCAUGUUGGAAUGUAAGUGAAUGCAAAUAAGAGUUCAGAGCUGCAGACUUUCAGUGAAUAUUUUAAAACUCUUUGCAAACACUUUGUGUGGCAUGAUUUAUUUACUUAUUUUAUAUAUAGGUUUCCUUAGGCAGCACCUAUCCUCAUUCCUUAUAAUUUCUCCUUUUGUAUUCCACAAGAAAAAGAAAAGCAUACAGUUUGUAGUUACACAGUGAUGAGUGAAGUUGAAGCUAUAGCUACUCCUUUAAUGUUAUAGACAUUCAAUCUGUGAAUCUGACCUCUUGCUAGCAUUGACAAUGCAACCUCCAUAUUUAUAGACUGUACCUUACUAUUAAUGUGGUUUGGAUGCAAUAUGAAAUGUUGGUUGUGGAUAUGGUUUGUUUGGAUAUUGGCUGGGUCUGUUUUGUUCUGUAAAUGCUAAAUAUUCAUAUGUGAUUAACGGUAAAUAUUAAAUGACGAAAGAAAAUCAACUCUUGUUAUAGGGCUGUAAUACAGACAUUAACAAACUGAA